CUCAGAGUAUGAAGUGACAUCAAUAAAAAAGAGGUACCCCCCUCUCGUUUGGUCAACAGUCCGAUUCGCCCACAGACGCGGAAGCGCAUACUCGCUGUCAAACAGCUCGGGUUGAAAUCUUCUGCUGCGUUUCUUUAUCGCAAGGAAAAUAUCUUUUACAACUAGUUUAAAAUGGAUGGCCAGCGUUGGUUACCCCUGGAGGCAAAUCCAGACGUCAUGAACCAAUUCCUCUGUCAGCUGGGAAUGCUUCCAGCCUGGCAAUUUGUGGACGUCUAUGGAAUGGAUCCAGAACUCCUUAGCAUGGUACCCAAGCCAGUAUGUGCAGUUCUUCUCCUCUUCCCAGUGACAGAGAAGUAUGAAUUAUUUAGGCGAGAAGAGGAAACAAAGAUAAAGGCUGAAGGACAGGUGGUCUCUCCUAGUGUCUACUUCAUGAAGCAGACCAUUGGAAAUGCCUGUGGGACAAUAGGGUUAAUUCAUGCCGUGGGAAACAACCAGGCACAUCUGGAGUUUAAGUCUGAUUCCCCUCUGAAAAAGUUUCUGGUGGAAACUGCCAAUAUGAGUCCCGAGGAAAAGGCUGCCUUCCUGGAAAAAGAUGAGAGUAUACGUGUCACACAUGAAUCCAGCGCACAGGAAGGCCAGACUGAGGCUCCAAGCAUAGAUGAGAAAGUUGAGCUGCAUUUUAUAGCUUUUGUGAAUGUUGGAAGACAGUUAACUGAACUAGAUGGACGCAAGCCGUUCCCUAUUGUCCACGGAGAGACUUCUGAAGACACUUUUCUCGAGGAUGCUAUAGAGGUGUGUAAGACUUUCAUGGCCCGGGACCCUCAGGAGCUCCGCUUCACGGUUGUCGCCCUUUCCAAAGUAUAAAGCCACUAUUCUUACUGAUGACAGUUCCUAUUGACCACUGAGAAGCUAGAGAACACAACUGCCAAUCAUUCUCAAGUGCUGACUUAAUUAGAAAUGUAUAACGCCUACUAAGUAAUUUAGCCCGUGGUGUUGGGGGAAUAUUAAAAAGAAAGGAAUACAGUAAUGUUCCACAUUUGUUUUACAUUGCUCAUAAAUUAAAGGUUGCUUGGCUCUGUAAGGGAAUUACUGUGAUGCUAUGCAGCUAAAAGCAGUUUGUGCAAAGUUUGUAUUUUUCCAGUUCCCUGCAUCUCCACAUCCCGUUAUAACUGAUAUGCCGAUAUUGGUUGUAUGACGCUGCACUUAACUUUGUUUACAUGGUGUGUUUGGCGCGCAGUUAAUAAGCUUCUGAAAGUGGGGCAAAAUUUUCCCUGACUGACUGUAAAUUGAACUUAUUUUGAUGCCGUGGGCAUAAAAGACCGAUCAAGAAUGUGUCUUUGAGGCCUUGGGCAUCAGGACGAGUUCAACAAGCAAGCUUCUCGAGGCUUCAGUAGUUACACUCAGUAGAAUAACAGCUCUGAAAACAGGUAGGCCCGGCGUUCUUAUCUAGACUAACUCUGUUGUAGAGAUCCGAUCAAAGGAGAGAACCUGCUGUAUGUGAGGCGAGCUGAUUUCCUUUUGGGUUUAUACGAUCAAAGCCAAAAUGCAAACGAUUCAACUGGAAUGAAGGUGCCUACGUUUUUUGUAACAAGUAUUAAACGUUUGGUCGAAUAAAAACCAAAUUUAA